CUUCAUCAACCACCAAACAACAAAGAUCACCACCUCUUCAUCUGCCUACCCUAUAACCACCGACGACAUUCCAUAUUGACUACACUACCGAACCUAGAACAUAACCCUAUAAUCAGUACCUAAUCAGCGACACUAUCACAAUGUCAAACCGCGAAGAACCACCACCCUCGUACGAGCAAGCCAUGGCAAGUUCAGGCCAGCGCGAUACUCGUCCAGGCACAAGCGGCGGCACCUCAUCACGACCGGGCACGAGCAGCGGCAGCCAACAAACCCACCCCCACACCGACAACCUCCUCCACGUCCCCGGCGACGACCACCACGGGCACGGACACGACGGCAUCCCGACCCCAACCCGCCUUAGCAUGGAAGACGAGCUCCGCCCUCUCCCUCCAGGCUGGGUACGCACCUACGACCCCGAAACCAACCACCAGUUCUUCGUCGACACCCAAGCCGACCCCAUCCGCUCCAUCUGGCACCACCCCUACGACGACGAGCCUUUUCUCAACUCUUUGACCCCAGCCGAGCGCGACCGUAUCGAGCAGCUGAAACAUCAGAACCCUACAGACAGCCAUUCCCGUCCUACCUCAUCAAGACCCUCCAGAGCCCACAGCCCACAACCCCCCCGCUCUCCGAGACGAGCAGAGCAUGAAGAAGAAGAACAGAAAUCCCUAGGCCGUAAACUCAAAGACGCACUCACAGGCACCACCCACUCCGAGCGUGUAGAAGCCCGCGCCGCCCGCGACAGAGCCGAGCGCGAAGCUCUCAGACAACAUCUCCUCGUGCGUCGGGCAAUGGCGAAAGCGAUGGAGACCUCGCGCCCGCAGCUUCUGGGGAAGGACGACAAUGGCGUGGACUUGUACCUUGAGCCACCGGGGCAGAUGUUUCCUGGCGUGGUGGCUGUUAAGCCCUUGACGCCGUGGUUGUCGGAGGUGUUUUAUGAGGGGGAUAGAAGGAAUGGGGGGAAUGUGAGACACCCGGGACCACCGGGGAGGUAUUUGAGGCCUGAAGGGAGCAUGUAUGGGUUUGGAUCUGGAUAUGGUGCUCGUGGGUAUCCGGGGUAUGGUGCUAGACCGGUGGGAGGGGGCACGUACGUGAGGCCGCAGGGACCGUAUGCGAGGCCGAUGAGGCCGGUUGGGUAUGGAGGGGGAUUGGGGUUGCCGUUGAUGGCGCCGAUGUUGGGGGGUGUCAUGUUGGGAAGUUUUAUGUUUUAGGGAGUGGAGGGAGGGAGUUUGGUGGGGGAGAAGGCGGACUUGGAGGAGGCGGUCUGUCCAUGUUGGUGUCCAGGCUGGGCGUGAGACUAUCAUGAUGAGAUUAUGGAAUUUGGAUUUGUGAAAGGUUUUGAGUAUUGAUACCAGAGCAC